GGGUCUUGAGGCGGAGUCCGUGGGGUGUGAGAGCAAAGCGCGGUCGACUGGCGGCGGCCGAGGCACUUCCCUUCUUCGCCGCCGGAGCUGACGGACCGCCGCCGGGAAAGGCGGAGAAGACGAAAGGGCUAUCAUGAUGCGGCUCCGCAGCCCUGCGCUGCUGAGGGACCUGCUCUGGCUCAGCCAGGCCGGCACCGGAGGACUCAGCUGUUGCCGUCGCUCGGCGCUGAGGUGGCUCCAUCCCGCCUGGCCCGGCGUAGCCGCUGGCCGCUUGCCUUUGCGGCUCAUGCCCGGGGCUACCUCCGCCGCCGCCGCUGUCUCCCGCUCCUUGUGCACCAGCUCCGAGGGCAUCUUGGAGCAGACUGGCAAGGGCCCUCCGGCCCAGCAACCGCCGGCACCUACCGCGUCCGCCGUGAUGCCCGUCUCGGCCCCCGGGCAGAACAGCCACAACGCGGCAGCAAGCAAGGAAGCAGGCGUCUUGGGGGAAAAUAAAGGAGGUUUGUUGCCUAGCUUGGAAGAUUUGCUCUUCUAUACUAUUGCAGAAGGACAAGAAAAAAUACCAGUUCAUAAGUUCAUCACAGCUUUAAAAUCUACAGGUUUACGAACAGCUGAUCCGAGACUGAAAGAAUGCAUGGAUAUGUUAAGAUUGACGCUUCAGACAACAUCAGAUGGUGUCAUGCUAGACAAAGAACUCUUUAAAAAAUGUGUCCAAAGCAACAUUGUGUUACUAACUCAGGCUUUCAGGCGAAAAUUUGUCAUUCCUGAUUUUGUGUCAUUUGCCUCUCACAUUGAUGAGUUAUAUGAAAAUGCUAAAAAACAGUCAGGAGGGAAGGUUGCGGACUAUAUCCCACAACUGGCUAAAUUCAGUCCUGAUUUAUGGGCAGUGUCUCUUUGCACAGUCGAUGGGCAGAGGCAUUCCAUCGGAGAUACCAAAGUCCCAUUUUGUCUUCAGUCCUGUGUAAAGCCUUUGAAGUAUGCUAUUGCUGUUAAUGAUCUUGGUACUGAUUAUGUACAUAGAUAUGUUGGUAAAGAACCUAGUGGACUAAGAUUCAACAAAUUGUUCCUCAAUGAAGAUGACAAACCUCAUAAUCCUAUGGUGAAUGCUGGAGCAAUUGUGAUCACCUCUUUGAUCAAGCAAGGAGUAAAUAAUGCUGAGAAGUUUGACUAUGUGAUGCAGUUCAUGAAUAAAAUGGCUGGAAAUGAAUAUGUCGGUUUCAGUAAUGCCACAUUCCAGUCUGAAAGAGAGAGUGGAGACAGAAACUUUGCAAUAGGCUAUUAUCUGAAAGAGAAAAAGUGUUUUCCAGAGGGAACGGAUAUGGUUGGCAUAUUGGACUUCUAUUUCCAGCUGUGCUCCAUAGAAGUGACUUGUGAAUCUGCUAGUGUCAUGGCAGCCACCCUUGCCAAUGGCGGCUUUUGCCCCAUCACUGGUGAGAGAGUCCUAAGUCCUGAAGCAGUUCGGAACACUCUAAGUUUGAUGCAUUCAUGUGGCAUGUAUGACUUCUCGGGACAGUUUGCCUUCCAUGUGGGUCUUCCUGCAAAAUCUGGAGUUGCUGGUGGCAUUCUUUUGGUUGUUCCUAACGUUAUGGGCAUGAUGUGCUGGUCACCUCCGCUAGACAAGAUGGGCAACAGCGUUAAGGGGAUUCACUUUUGUCAUGAACUGGUUUCUUUGUGCAACUUUCAUAAUUAUGAUAACCUGAGGCAUUUUGCAAAGAAGCUUGAUCCUCGGAGGGAAGGUGGUGAUCAACGACAUUCCUUUGGACCACUGGACUAUGAGAGUCUUCAGCACGAACUUGCAUUAAAAGAGACUGUGUGGAAAAAAGUGUCACCCGAAUCAAAUGAGGACAUCUCCACAACUGUAGUGUAUAGAAUGGAAGGCCUGGGAGAACAAAACUAGUGCACUGGGCUCUAGUUUCAGAGAGUUUGAUUUCAUUUUUAAACACACUCCAGUUUGUCUAGAUUACACUCUGGUUUGUCGAGAUAUUAGAUUUAUUAUUUUGACUUCGGUCAGUUGUAAAUAUGCUUGAGUUACCCCAAACUGGUAUACCAAUAAUUUUAUACUAAUUGCUUUAAUAUAUUUUUUUUUACAAUUUGAAACAAAACUGAAUGUCUGCUAUUUAAACCUGUGUCAUACUUAAGGAAUGAAUUGUAAAAUGGGAAUUUAAAGGGGUGCUGUAAAAGUGAGAAAUCUUGCAAUGCAAUCAAAAUGCAAAUAGCAUAAUUGUUAACCAAGAACAUGACAACCAAAGAUAUAGGAAUAUUUAAGUCCUGGAUCAUAAGUAGAUAUUUCUUUUUAUUGUUAAUAAUUCUAAAAAUUACCUUUCAUCUUUUUCAUGAACAGUGUAAAAACUUGAUCCCAUUUAUUCCAAUUAAAUUCAGUUAAUUUCAGUGUAACCGACUGUAAAUGAAGUUAAGUGUUCAUGUGCUGCUUUGCAACACUAGCAAAAAUAAUUUUUAUAUAAAGCAUAUUUGUAAACUUAUUAAGCUUGUGUAAAAAUAUCAGCAUUUUGUUAUAAGGUAAGAAAGUCAUGUUGGAUUAGACAAAAAUUCUAAUUCUAGGAUUCUGUUUUUUCAAUGGCCACUUAGCAUUCUUUUGCUAUUUUUCACUAGCAGUUGAUAUUGUAAGUCAUUCUACUUCUGAUAUAAAAGGUAGUGUAUAGCAAUUAGGACUAGCAUCCAGCUGAUAGCCUCAUUCUUCAUGAAUGUUUCUCAUUCAUUUUUAAAAACAUAAGUUUAUGACCAUCCCUAUAUCUUAAGAAAUAAAUCCCAUAAUACAACUGCUCUGCUCUGUGAGGAAUCAAUUCCUUGUGUGAUUGGUGAUCUUGGUUUCUGAUAUUAUAAAAAGGAAGAAAUAAAUUUUUAUUUCAUUGAUUUUUAUACUCUCUUUAUUUUUACUUUUCUAAGCUAAAAACUUAUAUUAAUAUAAUAUUUUAUACAUAUUAAACUAUUUCUACUAAAUCUAGUAGUGUGUUAGAAAAACGUACUUUUAUUGAGCCUUCAGCUUCUGAAAAUAAUGAUUGUUUGAUUUGUUUUUGCAUCAAAAAUCAGCUACAAAGGCUAGUUUACCCUACUCAGUCAUGUGUAAUUUCAGUAGCCUGCAACCCUAGAAAAUUAGCACCCAACUAUAGAUGAGGUACAGAUAUGCUCAGGAUCCACUGCCAAAAACCUCCAUUUAUUUAUUACGUUUAUAUGCUAUCCAUCUCUUCAUGGGGCAGAAUUUUAAUACAGUUGCUUCUGUGUUGGAAGCGUAUUGUGCUGUUGUAGGAUAUGUUUCCUCUGUCAACCAAGCAAAAUAUAAAUUACUGGGUCAAACUUUAAUUUCAGCACAAUUUGAGAGAAGAAUCAUAAAUGCGGUAGGCUAGAAAAGAGAUUUUCUUCCCCCACUUCCUAGCAUUUUUCCACAAAUGCAGGGAUUGAUUCCCCCCCCCUUUUUUUUCUUUUGCAUCAACUGAAUAUUGAUGCAUUUGGUCAUGACAGAGUUGACCAACUGGCUUGUCACUUGAUCCUAAUGUGGACUGAGAGAGAAUGAAUGGCUCAAAUUCAUACAGCCUUAUGUUUUCAUGCCUAAACCAGGAUUAGCACUCAUAGUCUUCUGUUUUCCACCCUGGUGCCUUAACCACUAGAUCAUACUGGAUAUCAUUUGUUUAGAAAACAAGUAACACUCAAUAUAGAUAAUGCUGUGUUAUACGGACCAACAGUCUUGAUAUGAGUAAAUAUUCUAUAUACUCAUAUAAUAAGUGUUAUCUAUUCUCAUGUCAGGUUCUUUCUAUAUUUACUGACAAGGUUUUUAGUCAACAAUAUUUUCUUCUGCAAAUGAAAACUUGUGCUCAAGCUCAGUAUUAAUUACUGGCUUUAAAAAAAAAUCAGCAUGGUUAUGGUAUUUUCCUUAUUUAGACUACUAAAUAUCUCAGAAAAUUUUUAGGAAGGAAAAUAAUAUUAGCGUGUUCUAAGCCAGGAGUGGGGAAUCUGUGAACCCUUUAGGUGUUGCUGAAUUAUAACUUCAACAUCCCUUACAAUGGAUAAUGCUGCCUUUGUUGGGGGAAUUGUAAACCAGUAACUUGGAUGCAGCAAAGUUUCUCUAUUCAUAGCAUGAUAGAUUUGGAAGGGGAGAAAGAUCCCGUAGUCCAGGUCUUGCAGUGUACAAUUCCAAGAUCCUUGAGAGAGGGCUGUCUGACUAAGAGCUCAGAACCUUCAUAAGCAGAUCAUUCCAUUAUUGUACAAAUUCUAUUUUCAGGAAUUUUCCCCUUACAUUUAAAUAACAGUUGGAAGUGCAACUUCUACCUAGCCCUGAUUUUUGUGGCAGUGGACCAUCUUCCCUAAAGCAAUCUAGAGCAGGGGUCUCCAACGUUGGCAAUUUUAGGACUUGUGGACUUCAACUCCCAAAAGCAAAGCUGGCUGAAGAAUUCUGGGAGUUGAAGUCCACAAGUCUUAAAAUUGCUAAGGUUGGAGACCCCUGAUCUAGAGUACUCUUUCUUGAGGCUGCCCUAAUAGGAAUGUCCUCCAUUCCUUGCAUUGUUACUUUUGUUGUUCUCCUCUUAAUAUAUUUGAACCUCUCAGUAUCCUGGAAAUAUGAUGUCCAGAUUUGUACACAGUAGUCAGAUUGGGUUCGUACCAUUGCAGAGUAGAGGAGAAUAAGGAUGCCAUGUGCUUUGAGUACAAUGCUUCUUCUAAAGUACCCAGACCUACCUUGGCCGUUGUAACAACUGUCUCACACUGUUUUCUCAUGUUCAUCCUGUUUUCAGUUACAAUGCCUAAGCCCUUUUUGAUAGUGCUCUUCCAAGCCAUGAAUCUCCCAUUGUGUAUAUGUGCUCUGCAUUUUUAUUCCCCGAAUAUAAUAACUUACAUUUUUCACUAUUGAAGGGUAUUUUGUUCAUUUCAGCCCAGUCCUCCAGCCUGUCCAGAUUUUGCAAACUCCUUCUCUCAUCCUGGGUGGUGGCCUAUUUAUGACAUCUGGAAAUUUGAUCUACAU